AUGCGGCCACUGCCUACCGGAAUUUAUACGCCUUUGCCGUGUUUCUUCCACGAGAAUGAGGAUAUAGAUAUUGAGGCCUUCCAGAGCCAUGUGAAAUUCAUUGCGAGUGCUGGAACCAUUCCAGUAGUUUCUGGGUCCAUGGGCGAGGCUAUACAUCUGGACAGAGAAGAGAAAAAGACCAUCAUUCGGUCUGCUCGUGUCGCUCUCGAUGAGGUUAAUUUGCAAGAUGUUCCAAUCGUCGCAGGGGCGGGAGGAGCUAGUACUCGUGAGUCGAUUCAACUUUGCAAAGAUGCUGCAGAAGCCGGCGCAGAUUAUGUGAUGGUUAUCCCACCAGGGUACUAUGCCGGAGCCCUUUUGGCAGAUACCUCUUCAAUCAAGAAGUUUUUUGUGGAUAUCGCAGAAGCAUCGCCGUUGCCAGUUAUCAUAUACAAUUUCCCCGCCGUAUCGGGAGGAAUCGACAUGGAUAGUGAUUUGAUUGUCCAAAUAAUCAAGUCUUCUGCUAACAUUUGUGGCGUGAAAUUGACAUGCGCCAAUGUCGGAAAAUUGACUCGAAUCAUGGCUCAAGUUUCGACGCCAGAAUUCCAGAACGCUUUCCCUCGAUCGUCAGCGACCCCCUUUCGGGCCAUCGAUGGAUUUAUUGACUUCUUACUGCCAUCCAUUUCUGUUGGAUCCGCGGGUGCGAUCAGUGGUCUGCCAAACAUAGCACCAAAAUCGUGCGUGAAAUUGUGGAAUCUGUGCCAAGACAGCGGGUCUAGCAAACAAGCGACCGAGCUACAGAACUUGAUUGCUCUUGCCGAUGGUGUGGCGCUGAAGAUUGGGAUUGCGGGGAUGAAGAAGCUGUUGCAUCGACACUUUGGGUACGGCGAUAAACCUCGGCUGCCACUGUUGCCGAUGAACGACAAAGUAGCGGACGCGAUUCUAUCGAGCCAGUAUCUGAAAGCAUUGUUGGAUCUGGAGGCAACACUGUGA